AUGGAUAAUUUAGAAGGACUUGUCAGAAGAAUUGUUAAUACGGUCAAUGGGACAAGAACAAGGCCAGCAGAAGCCAAUGCUCUUAGUACAAGUGGGGCACCUGCACAGCAAUCCGCGACAACUGUGGAGGAAGAAGUCAGAAGACGGUAUUCUCUUCCGCGUAAUGCCACAAGUACCGAACAAAGUGCCGAAUCGACUCAGUCAAGCUCUUUCUCUCUUCCAGUAGAAACGAGAAGAGCUCAACGAUCAAACGUUGGUCCUCUGUCACAAUAUUUUCACCCAACUGAAAAUUAUGGACAAUGUACGCUCCGGGCACAAAGUCGAAAUCGUCAAGUGAGACCGCAACGGCGUUGUGCAUCACCCUAUGUGCAACCAUGCAAGGACAAAGUCAAGUCGGAUUCAUUUACAUUAAAAGAAGUAGUUCUUUUGCCCUCACCAAGUUACAGUAAUGUGCCCAAAUUCAGUACUAAAGUUGAACUUAAUAACAAAGGGCUCAUUAUGGAUGGUUUCCAUGUAAACAAAAACUGGUCCGAGCAAGAACUGCGGGAUAAACUACAAGCAACGUUCGAAAAUGAAUUAACAAG